AUGAGAGUCGGCGUCGGCGGGAGCGCGGGCGCGGUGUUCUACGCGGACAAGUACCACCCGAUCCAGGCGGGCAGCAUCGACGGCACGGACGUCGCCCCCCACGACAACGCCGUCCUCCGCGCCCUCCUCUGCUCCACCGCCGGCCUCUAUGAUCCGUUCGGGGACCCCAAGGCCGCCGGCGACCCCUACUGCACGGUCUUCGUCGGGCACCUCUCCCGCCUCACCGACGACGAGACGGUCCGGAAGGCCAUGGGAAGGUACGGGAAAGUGAAGAGCAUGCGGCUGGUGCGGGAUAUUGUUACUGGUGCUUCCCGCGGUUAUGCAUUUGUAGAGUAUGAAACAGACAAAGAGAUGCGCCGUGCCUAUGAGGAUGCACACCACUCAAUUAUUGAUGGCAAUGAAGUGAUCGUAGACUACUAUAGGCAGCAACUUAUGCCUGGAUGGAUACCAAGGAGGCUAGGAGGAGGACUUGGAGGGAAGAAAGAGUCUGGCCAGCUUCGAUUUGGAGGUCGAGAGAGGCCAUUUCGUGCUCCCUUGCGGCCUAUUCCUCAUGAUGAACUCAAAAAGCUCGGGAUCCCACCGCCGCCUGAGGGGCGGUAUAUGACACGUUUUGAGGUUCCCCCACCACCUAGACGAAAAGGAGGCAAUGUUGACAGGGAAGAGUCGCCAUCUCCUAGGAGAAUAUCCAAGGACAGGGCUGAUGGCACCUACAGAAGGCAGAGAAGUCCAACUGAAGACGAAGGCAGCCCGCGCAGGCGCAAAAGCAGCCAUGACCACAGGGAAGAUACGCAAAGGAGGAUAAGGUCAUCUAGGGAGGCAAGCACCUACAGCAGGCAGAGAAGCCCAACUGGAGACGGCGGCGACCAUCACAAGCAAAGAGGCCACCGAGAGCAGGGCGAUAUCAGCAGCUAUGAUAGGCAUGUAAGCCCAGCCGAAGACGACGGCGGUCAUCACCGCAAGCGAAGAAGAAGCCGAGAGCCUGGGGAUAUCAGGAGGAGCCAUAGUAGGCGGAGAAGCCCAACCGAAGACGACGCCGAUCGCCACAAGCGAAGGAAAAGCCGAGAGGCUGGAGAUACCAGCAGCCACAGCAGGCACAGAAGCCCAGCCGAAUACGACGGUGGCGGUCAUCGCAAGCGGAGGAAGAGCCGAGAGCCGGGAGAGGUGUCUCCUGGCACGGAGGAUGGCAGUUUCAGAAGAGGAGGAACCUCCACCGAAGCCGGCCCCAGCCCUCGCCGUCGAUCUCAUCGGGAGCAGAGGCAUCACGGCGGCAGCAGCCGUUUCCGCCACGGUGACCAUGCUCGCUCCAGGAGAUCCGAGAGCCGAGAUUAUAGCCAGCUCUGUUCGGUUGUCAGGUGUUUGUCUUGCCAGGCGACACCGCUCGCCGUAUGUGUAGGAUCCACGGUUUGUUCCUGA